AUGUCGGCUCCUCACGUGCCCCACUACAGCCAGCAACAUGGAUCUGAGGACACCAAAGACCAGAGAGCAGUAGGCGGGAGGCCAUACCCGUAUAGUUCAGCAGACACUGGGUUCUCGACUGAUUCCAGUACCAACGAUGACCCCCAAGGGCAGAGGCUCCAGCAAACCCACCCGGCGCAGCAGGCGUCGCGGUAUCAUGUGAUGCAGUUCUGGUCGUGGGAGAUCAUGUCAUUCUGGGUUGCCGUCGGACUGCUGGCCGCGACAGUCUCGAUCUUGGCUCAUUAUGAAGGGCAGAAACUGCCCGAAUGGCCGUUCUCAAUCAAUCUCAACACGCUCAUUGCGCUACUGUCUACCAUUCUGCGCGCUGCAAUGCUCGUGGCUGUGGCAGAGGUGCUCGGCCAACUCAAAUAUGGGUACUUUUCACGGCCACGGCCUCUGAAGCAUCUACACGACUUCGACAGGGCUAGUCGCAGUGUGAAUGGGUCUAUAAAACUUCUGUUUAUCGCCCCGAAGAGUCUCCUGGCAGUCAUUGGUGCCAUCGUAACCAUUCUUUCCCUGGCCAUUGGGCCUUUCACACAACAAGCGAUCAAAUCCGUGUCUUGUCCGCAGUAUCUCCGGGACACGAACGCAUCCCUUCCUAUUGCUCACUUCAUGCCUGGAAGGGCUGAUUACUACCGCAUCGGAGCAGGCACAUGGGAGGUCGAAGUUGACAUGAAGGGCGCGAUGAUCAAUGGGUUGACCAACCCGACUGGCAAUGACUCUGCCAUCGUGGCUACAUGUGCAACGGGCAAUUGUACGUUUCCCGUGGGCUCGGAUGACAUAACACACUCAUCUCUUGGGAUGUGCAGUGCCUGUUUCGACACGACGUCAUUCGUCAGUGCAAACGAGAACCGCACCAACUACACCAUGCCAAAUGACCUCUGGUUGUCUCCGUACUCGGGGCAAGCUUACCUCAACGUACAAGUCGACUACAACCUUUCCUGGGCCUCGUCCGAGUUUCCCGACGGCUUCGCGACGCUCGCGAAUGAUGCGCUUACCAAUAUUACUGUGCUCACAUUCACUCAGUCGCCUUGCUCCAACAAUUCGCAGGGGGAACUCGUGUGCCCUCACAACGUCACUGGAUAUGUUGGGUCCUCGGACUACGUCGCCACAUCGUGCUCCAUCUACCCCUGUCUGAAGAACUUCCAGGCAAACAUGAGGCGUGGAGUACUCGACGAGAGGGUGGUUUCAACUGUCCCAGCUCCCGUCAACCGGGUCGAGGCGAACAUAACCGAAAGCGGCGUCAGCGCGGCAGCAAACUACACAGCACUGAAAUCACCCUGCUUGAUUGAUGGUGUCGAGUAUGACAAGUCAAACUUCUCCAGGAUACCAAGGACCCCAGGUCGCAUUUUUACAGGGAUUAAUGUUGAUGGCACCGAAUACACGGCACCAGACGAGUGUCUGUACAAGCUGAUGUGGCUGUAUGGGCACGCAUUGGAUGCGUUCAUGGCUCAAACGCUCUUCAGUGGUAUGUGUACGUAUGACUCGAGACAAGGUGGCUCCCUGUACUGCGGAGAUGCAUGGUGGUUAUCGCCUCUAUACAACACCCAAAAUGCGUCAUUCGAAACCAUCAAUAGUCAGAUUGACCAGUACGCCACGGCGGUGACCAACAAGUUUCGAACCCUGGGCUCGAACAACUACAACUUGAGUAGUGAAGAAUCAGCCCUCGGAUCCGUCAUCGAGAUGACGGUCUGCACAAGUUUUGACUGGCGCUGGCUUCUUAUGCCGGCUGUUUUAUUGGUGGCGACGGGCAGUCUCUUGGUCUUGAUGAUCGUCCAGAAUUACAUGAAUCCCCAACAGCCUGUGUGGAAGAGCUCCAUCCUGCCACUUCUUUUCCAUGGAUUCGGGCAGUCUCCAGAGAUGGGUGCUCAGCCAGCCGUGGACCUGGACCAUAUUAAAGAGCGGGCGUACCACAUCAAAGCCAAGUUUCAGACUGGCAUGAAUGCUGGUUUCGUCGAUACUACUGGUGGCAGAGUCCCGGCGGCCAGAGAUAUUGAUUUGGAUUCCUUGCUAGGGAAUCGAGAUAAUGUGCGCAGAUAG